GCUGGGCGCGCAGGUGGACCCGGAAGGCGGAGCUUGGACGAGUAGGGAGGCGGGGCUGAAAGUUGCUACACCCGGGAGGGAGAGAGCAGGGGUCUCGGCAUGAAAUGGCGGCGCUGUUGUGGGAUCACCCCCAAAAUGGGCACAGUGCUGUCAGCCGUCUUUACCAUCAUGGCCACAGACCUGUACCUCAUCUUCGAACAGAAAUACCUACAAGACAACAACUGCACCAAGGCCAGCCAGCAGGACAGGCGUGCGGGUAACACCGUCUACCAGUUCGCCAUCUGCUCCAGUGCCACCAUCGUCCUUCUCCUGUCUGUCGUCACCAUCUUUGUCAGCUGCUUCCUUCUGUACUCCGCGUAUGCCCAGGUCUACAAGGGCCUGAUGAUCUAUGUCAUCUGGAUAUUCUUCUAUGAAAUUGUGAACCUUACCAUCCAAAUUUUGACCAACGACAACUUGGACAUCCUAGAGGUCAGAGUGAUGCGCUGGUUCGGCCUGGUGUCCCGCGUACUCGCGCACUGUUUCUGGAUGUAUUUUGUCAUUACCUACGCCUCCAAAAUGUACAAAGAGCAAAACCAGGGCCGUAUAUUUCCCCACAGCAGACGGAUCUCUACAAAUGAUGGGGACUCUCCACAGCGAAAAUCCAAGAUUAUCAGCUUUAUCCACCAUUACAAUGAGUAA